CUUGCUCAGACAGAAGGGAGAGACCCGUUGAUCCUCUGGUUGCUCGCUUCUUAUCGAAAGGAAUAAUUUGUCACUCGGGUUAUAGGCUGUUUUUGUUUGCCGCCUGGAACAGUCCUCUCUAGACAACAGAUUUAGAGCAGUCUUCGUGUCUCUUCAUUCAAAAACGGUUGCCCUUGCUCCAGCUAUUAAAGAAUAAUGGAUGUCGACGAGGAAUAUACUUCUCGAAGGCCGAGAAGGGAGCGCAGAAUCCGUAACAGUAGCCCGUCAUCCACGAGCCCGUCAGGUUCUACCGAUUCGAAUACCUACAGCUCUCGCCGAAGCCGAAGAGUGCAUAAUGAUGAUGAUGAGGAAGAGGACACUGGACGAUCCCGUCGUUCUCGAAGAGCAGCUCGUGAUGAUGAUGAGGAAGAAGAAAGUCGAAGCACUAGAAGAAGCAGGCGACAACAACAAGACGAUGAGGAAGAAGAUACAAGCAGCCGAAGAAGCCGGCGAAGGGCCCCUGCUGAUGACGACGAGGAAGAAGAGGCUCCAAGGUCGACAUCGAGGUCAGCAGUGUCUGUCACAACUAGCAAGAAGUCAGUUGUCAUGGGUGGCACAGUGAAAGGAAUGAAUGAAGCCAGGCGAAAGAGAGUCCAACAAGCUAUUAUUGAUGGCAUGACAAAAUACGCUGAACAGAAGUUUGGUCGCAAGAAAGCUGCACCAAAAGGAGGCAAGACCCGCUCUACAAUGGAUGAUUAUGACAUCUACUUGCGCUCACUUAAAACAAAGAUCAAGACAAGCCAGGAUAGGCUCAAUGUGGUUCUCAAGCAAAAGAGAGAAAUUGACGAGAAAGUCAAAAAGGCAGAGGCUGACGUUGAGAAGCAAGAGCAGAAUUUUCGGGACGCAGAAGACGAGAAGAAGGUUGCAGAAAGAGAGGGAAGAGACCCAAAGUUACCAUCUGGAUUCAUCAUACCACAAACGGCAAAGAAAGCAGUGGCUGGUGCCGGCUUUGCCAACCUCGUUAUGAAAGCUUCAGCUCAAUUGUGGGAAGACAAAUUCAUGGCUAUGAGAGCAAAGAAGGGUGGAAGCGAGGAUCAGCCUGAAUGGUUGGCAAAAAGCAAGAGAAGCGAUAAAAUUUUGGUCAACGUUGGGAAGAAGGGUCACAAGAAAGAGGAAGAGCAAAAGCCCGCUUGGAGCACCAAUCUCAAAAAAGCAGAACCCAGGAGAAAGGUUGAGGCCAAGCAUGACGACGGUGGGAAGCAACCUGCUUUUGCUACUGUAUCGUUGCGUAAGACCACUAAGAAGGAGGAGGAUGAGGAGGCCGCCACAAAGAAGGUUGACUGGAAGGAAAUGGAAAAGAAAACUUCCAGCGCAGGAGGAUCUCGUCGUCGCCGCGGAGGAGAUGAUUCUGACUAACUUUAAAGACCUACAGUGUUUUCAUGAACCGUUCAGACACUUGUUGAGUGCAAUGAUUUAAAACGUUUUUCAGAUUAACCAACGUCGAUAUCUCCAAGGAUUUUAGGUCUCAUAUUCUUUUUUUUGUUUUUAGUAUUUAUCGGAGCUGAGGUUGCUUUCAUGCCGGAGUAGAAGCUUAAUUUGAAACAUCCCUGUUUGCCUCCAACAGGCGACUUCAAUAGGGUUUUAGGAUUCUCUGGUGCCAGCACGUUAGAAACAAUAGCUCCGAUAUUUUUCUAGCCAGCGAAAUCUUUUGCAGAACUUAAUAACGUCUUUCUGUCGACUAGAAUUCAUCGUCCCUUGAUAGCAUUCAUUUUUCCUUAGAAUUCAUUCUAGGUGGGAAUCCUAUUGAACUGCACAUGUCUUUCGAGCGAAAUGGCCUGACCGAGCACAUGUCUUUAGAGCGCAAGGCGUGAUCAGAUCUUCAAGGCAAGGAUUUUAACCUACCAUUCGCGAUGCUUUUUUGCAUCGUAUAAGACAUGGCUUCUAGCCCAUUUUUUCAUCUAAAUUUAGCUAGACCAAAUAGAGAAAAUGCUGUUUCACUUACAUUUCAACUUGCUUAGUCGCAUAAAUCUACAUCAAGGAUAAUUUCAUUUAGUAAACAGUUUAUUUUUCAUCGUUUAAAGUAUAAUUGUCAAACUACGCCCAUUUUGUUAGCUAAAACCAUAAUCAUAAAGGUUUCUUUAUCUACAACUGUCAUCAGUGCUUUAUCAAUAGCUGCCUAAAUAUAUUUCCUUCUUUAUAUUUCUGCUUAGCAAACAUUGUAAAAUGAUUUUUUAUUCUGUCGCUUUUUUCUGUAAUUAGAUCAUUUCUUAAUUGUACAUCAAUUUCUAUUUUAGCAUUUUAGAAGCACUCGUAGUUAAGCUACUGUCAUUAGAUUUUGUGUUAAUACUUUGAAGUCCUAAAUUUGGUGAAAGCUUUUCCUCCUGCUCUUCAAGCAUUUCAAAUAGAAAUCUUUUUUCUUUUUGUAAAGACUGUCGAUAUGGAUUCUGUUAUUAAUAUGUAGUCAAAACAUGUUUCGCAUUCAUUAAAUUGCUUAAGUUUUUGGUCA